AUGGAUACCUUGAAGCAUGCCGUCACAAUGUGCCCUGCAAUUCGGCCCAUCGACUACACCUCCAACUUAGAGGUUAUCCUCUCCGUUGACUCAUCCGUGAUCACAAUCGGGUAUAUUCUUGCUCAACUUGAUGAUAAAGGACGACGACGCCCUGCGCGAUUUGGUUCAAUGACACUGAACGAACGCGAGGCGAAGUACUCACAGGCAAAAAUCGAGCUCUAUGGCUUGUUCCGUUCACUGCAUGCUGUCAAAAUUUACAUUAUUGGCAUCCAAAACCUGACUGUAGAGGUCGAUGCGAAGUACAUCAAGGGCAUGAUCAACAACCCAGAUAUGCAUCCCAAUGCUGCCAUGAACCGGUGGAUAGCUGCGAUUUUGAUGUUCGACUUCAAACUUGUCCACGUUCCGGGGAAAUUUUUCAGAGGACCUGAUGGGUUAUCAAGAAGAAGAGGAGCGGAUGAUGAUGACUGCGUCGAGAAUGAGGGCGAGAGCGCUGACGAGUGGGUGGAGGAAAUUUUGAUGUGUGGUGUGUGGGUGGCUUCAAGCUUGGAGUCGGGGGUGUUUGAAGUGGGAAACAAGAGAAUUGGGGCGAAGGGUUUGGUUCUGGCUUAUGGGAGGAAGAAUGGCACCGUCGAGGCUGCUCACCAGCCAGUCCGCAGCGCACUCAUCAAAUCCGGCGACGGUGAUAUUCGAAAGUGGCACGAACGCCUGCCAUACGUCUUCUGGGCAGAGCGCAUUACGACGAGGAAAUCUACAGGGUUUUCACCUUCACACCUGGAACCUCUCUUACCGUUCGACAUCACCCAUGCAACGUUCCUUCUACCACCAAUGAAAUCCCUCAUCACCGAGGUCGAGUUGCUUGCUAUGCCCAUGCAGAAACGUGUUUUGAAGGCUCGCUUUGCUUCGGCUGCCGAGUUCGAAAGGCGACACGAGAACGUCUUGAUCGACUACGACUUUCAGCCCGGGGAGUUCGUGCUGGUGUUGAACAAGAAAAUCGAACCUGAUGUUGGCCGAAAGGGCAAACCUCGCUAUUAUGGUCCCAUGGUCGUCAUCAGGCGCUCUGAAGGUGGUUCGUAUCGCCUCGCCGAGCUGAAUGGGGCUGUGUCGAAGUUGAAGUAUGCUGCGUUUCGGUUGAUUCCUUAUUACCCUCGUGGCAGGAAGGUAGUGAAGGUGACGGAGUUGGAGGAGGUUUGA